AUGCUUUUUAUAGCAACUGCUCUCUUUACUACUGUAUUAUGUCAUCGUUCUAAUAUUAUUCCACAGUAUCCAACACAACCAAUUCAAUAUUCUCAACCAGGAAUUCCAUCUCAAUCGGUUCAGAUUUCAAUUCCAUCUCCUCAAUCUCAAUCAGUUUCAGUCGGAAUUCCUUCUUCUGUUCCAUAUUACUCAUAUCAACCACAAAUUCAACAAACCCAAUAUCAACAAAUUAUCCCAAUUCCACAACAAACUCAACAACAAUAUGCAAUUCAAGUUGGAAACAAAGCUACUGUUACAGUAAGUUAUUCCAAAAUCAAAAAUAAUCACAAGUUUUCAAAAUAAUAAAUUGUUUCAGAACUGCAAAGCUUGUGCCUGGUGUUGUGUUGGAAAUGUGCCAAUUCGCCGAGUUCGUGAGUUGUUUUUUUUUUUGAAAUAAAAAACGUUCCUUCAACAAACAUUUUUUCAGCAAUUGGACCAGUUGUUCGCCCACAAGUUUAUCAACCAAUUCCACAGGUCUCACAAGUUCCAAUUAUCAGAUAUACUCCAGGAGUUGUUCCACCACCACCACAACAGCAACAACAAGUUAUCCAAUAUCAAUCUGUUCCAAGAUCAUCAGUUGUGACCUAUUCUUCAGGAGUUAGCGGAUAUGCUACCCAACCACAACCACAACCACAAGUGAUUUCUCAAACACUUCCAGUUCCAGCUCCAGUUCAACAAACUUUUUAUUAUCCACCAAUUCCACGUCAAACAGUUGUUCAACCACAAUCACAAUCAAUUCCACAGCAAACAGUUUACACUCAAGUAUUCCGCCAAUCAAAUCCAAGACCACAAUAUCAACAAGUUCCACCAACAGUUUAUAAUCAAACUUCAUAUAUUCAAUCACCACCACCACAACCUUCUUAUAUCCAAUCUCCUCCACCAACCCCAAAUACAUAUGUUCAACAACCUCCACCAUGUCAAACUCUUCCACCAACAACAACUCAAACAUAUGUGACUGUUCCACCGCCACCGUGUCAAACAACUCGUAAGUUUGCACACAAAAAAUGGUUUUUUCAGAAUGUUUAGUUUCCUGAGUUAUUUUUUGUUUUUCCUAAUUUUCUUUAGUUCCUCCAUAUGUUACUUCACCACCAACUACCACAACAACUACAACUACAACAAUUCCCCCACCAGUUUAUGAAACAGCUCCACCAGUCUACGAAACUUCACCGCCAGCAACGUAUGCAACACCACCAACCUAUGCCACUUAUCCAUCGCCACCCAAAAAAUCCUAUGUUCAACCACCAACUUAUGUUCCAGUUCCAGUCAAUUCUUAUCAAUCAUAUCAUUUUGGAAAUGUUAUAGGUUCAAAAUCGACAAAUAAAUGUUGCACGGUGACAAUUCAAAAUGUUGAUGCGAUUGUUUCGUGUGGAAAUACUGAAUCAUCUUGCUGUUCAAAUCAAAAUAAACAUUGUGGAAAUGCUGCAAAUUUUAAAGUUAAUCUCAACAAAGGUAUUCAAUUAUUAUUUUCAUAAUAAGAUUCUUAUUUUUAAUUUCAAGGUAUUGCAAACAUCCCAAACAAUUCAAUGACCUGUGAAGAAGCUGUCAAUCUUGGUUAUAUUGAUAGAAAAGAAUUCGAAAAUGUCUGUCCAAGUGGAUCGGUUGAUGCUACUGAAAUCAGCAUUCCAUCAACAAUUGAAACAACCAACUAUGUUUUGCCAGGAGGAAAUGAGAAACUCGAAAAUUCAGUUGGAUUCACAACUGUUUUCGUUAGUUCAGUCAUGACAAUUGUUGUUGUCAUGUUUCUUUAA